AGCCAUUUUGGCUCAAGAGCUGCUCCCUCGGCCGCGCGGGCGCGCUCGCGAGGGUGGUCGCUCUGGGCGCAGAUGGCGGCGGCGGGCUGCACGGCUGCUUUCGAGGCGGCGGAGCAGCACAAGGCCGCGGCUGGGGGCUCUCUCUGGCCUGUGCGGCGCGCGCGGCGGGCCGCUGCGCGGCAUGCAGCGGAUGGCAGGCUGGCUGCCGCCUACCGCCGCGUCGAGGAGCUGGAGAGCAUCGUCAGGGCACUGGAGGAUCGGCUCGACGUGGAGCGGGCAAGGCACCAGGCCGCUGCGGACCAGGCCAUGGCGUUGGCCAAGUCGCAGGGCAUCAUCGCAGUGCCUGACGCGGCGCUGGUUGGGGAGCUGGUGCCCAGACUGGCCCUUGCGGUGCCGAUCUUGGAGGGCGUCCUGGCGGGCCCGCUGGAAGGCAAGACGCAAGCGGCGGAGCCAGUGAUGAAGGCGCGCCGCAACACAGGCUUGCACUGCGCCGCAGUGCCUGCGACGGGCAUCGCGUCGGCGGGGAUGCUGCAGCUCAGCCGGUGGCAGCGGCAGGGGCGCGGCCGGAGGCUCGCCGCUCUCAGCCGAGGGCCUCGGCGCUCCAUCGGGCGGGGGCCCGCGAGGCUGGGCGCGUCGGGAGCCCUUGGGAGUCCGCCCUCGGUGGGGCUCCCUGGAAGCCGACGCGCUGCGCACGCUGCGCGUGGGGGAGGCCGCGACCUGAGGCAGGGGCGGGCGCCGAGCGUGGGCGCCGUGUACCGCCGCUUGCCUGCCCAGCGGUCGGCGGCUGAGAGCGUGCCCGCUGACUGGGCAGUAGCUGUGCGGAGGCGCGGGCUCAGCGUACCCGCGGGGGCCAAGUUAUGCCUCGCCGAGAAGGUCAGGAAGGCGGACGCCCGCGUCCUGACGGACUUGACGUCGGGGCCCAAGUUCUGGCCCGAGGCGCUGGAGAGCUCGGGCCGCGAUGCUGGCGGCAGACCUGGGGUCGUGCAGAAGGGCGGGGGCGAGCACGUGGUCUCGGAGAGCGUGGCCGAGUUCGUGCCUGCCGCGCGCUGCGACGACGCGGAGAUCAUGGAGGUCCCGCCGAACGUCGACGGCCAGGAGCAGGUGCUGGAGAUCGGCGGCCAGAAGCAGGAGCUGGAGGACGAGGAGUGCUUGGAGAAGGACUUCGACACGCCCGAGGCUCUUGGCGACGAGCUGGACACGCGGCACGGCGGCGACGUGCACUCGGAGCCCCUCGGCCUGCUGAGCUCCUUGGAGAACCAAGGCAUUCAGCUGGAGGAGUACGUGCAGCAGUUGAGCUUCGGCGACGUGCUCUCGGAGUCUCUCGGAGUGCGGAGCUCCAAGGGGUACCAGGGCAGGCGGCUGGAGACGCACGAUGGGAAGGAGGAGGUCACCGAGGCCUUUGGCAAGGUGCGGCUCAAGGUGCUGCAGCGGCACAUGGCGACGAGCUGCCACGACACCGACUUCGACCGAGACCUUCGGAGGCCAGGCUGGCGCAUGGAGGCCGAGGCGGACAGUCCGACGCCCGCCACGGCGGCCGAGCGUCGAGCGGGGCUGGCCUGGCUUCGUGGCGUCCGCGAGGCCCGUCUAUCCAUGAGUGAGGCUUGGAUCACUGGCGACGUUGGCGAUCAGGGCGGCUGGGUCUCGUAAAGGGCAUUGGAU